CACCCUGAGAGUAAUGAAUUAAUUUAUAACUCUACUCCAUUUCUUCAAUUUUUUCCCCAUGAUCAGCUUCAUAUAACAGUACCUAACUCAUAAAAGCAAAAAAAAUCGUUUAGUCAGCAUAUGUAGGAAAAAAGCAACUGAACUGUCAGCUAAAACCAGAUAUCUGGCUUUAUUGGAAUUCUUGGGGGAAUGAAUUACAUGGUCUGAUACUGUGCUUGGCAGAGCUUGCCUUCAAAUACUUUGAUUUUCUUCAGUGCAUGUUUUUUGAUAGCAGUUUGGUUUGCUAGUUGCUUUGGAUCAUCUUACUCUGUUGUGGGUUAUUCUUUGAGAAAGGCCUCAUGGAGACAACUUGCUCACAUGUGUUACCCUACUGUCAGAUUGAGUCUUAUUGGGAUCAUGCGCUUUUGCAAUUUCUUCAGAUAAACACAUCCAGUGGGAUACAUUUAAGUAUCUGUCUAUGCAGACCUAUUAUAAACAUUUGGCUCAUGCAAUAGUGGACACUGGCAAAUUAAAAAAUCUGCAGAGCUAAUGUCUCAAUUUGAAUCCAAGAACCAAAGGCUCUUACAGAGCCAGGAAAUCUGCUUUGAACAAACUCAAGAGAUGAUGAUUCUCUUAUGCUGAACAAUCUGGGGGGCAGCUUUGUGUUCUUUUAGACCUUCAACUGAUUGAAUGAGGUCCAUUCCCAUUAUGGUAGUCAAUAUUCCUUACUCAAGCCCACUGAUUUAAAUGUUACUUUCAUCCAAAACCAUUUUCAUAGAAGCACACAACACACAGUUUAACAAGUUUUUCAUCACCACAUGCCCAGGUAAGACCCCUAUGAAAUUGAUUGGCAAAGUAGAAAUCAGAUCUCAGGGAACUGAUUCACUCUACUGUCGUAUACUGCCACAUGUGCCAUUUGGUUCCUGUACAGAUUAUGAGUUAACCAAUUGCUCAAUGGAAAUAAAGGCAAAAGAAAAAGAGGCAGGUCUAGAGUGGUCCUGUACAUAAAUGAUUGAUCAGAUGUCAAGAAAACGAGGGUAUACUAUAGUGUGAUAGAAAACUGACUCAUCCUGUGUAAAGUUUCCCAUACUGACUCUGAACUGCAAAAGAAGUCAAGGAACCAUGGCUGACAUAAACAUGAAAGGAAGGAAAGACCAGGGGCCAACUGUCUACACUGUUCUAGAUUGCUCUUCCAAAUGUGACAAUUGCUUAUAGAAACUUUAAUGUAGAAAUUUAUUGACUAUUAUACCGAUUACACUUAAUUCUAAAUAAACUAUAGUAAGGAAAAGUCACAGCAUUAAGUUUAAUCCAACAAAAAAUACAGUUGCUUGCUAUUUAAUUUCUAUCCUCAGCUAAGUAAUUUCUCUGUUACUAGAAGUAUUAUAGAAACAAUGUAUUCUUUGUAUGGAAACACAGACCUAACUCUUUUAUAACAGCUAAGAUAUAAUAGAAUAUGGGAUCUUUGAUAAGAAGGAUUGUUAAACCACAUUUUGGACGAUUCUCUACACAAAGAUCUAAACACAAUUGAAAUUGAUUCAUUUUUUAUUCAUGUGUAAGCAUCAGUUUCUUUUCCAAGUAUAUUAAUUUUUUUUCAUGUUUCUGAUCAAAGUAGUCUUGUGGCAUCUGUAGUAAUGAAUUCAAUUGCCAUGUUCAGUUUCUUUCUUUGUGUUACUGUUGUCAAAACUAUUUAUGGAAUUUAUUUUAAGUCACCUAUUUCUCCUUACUGUGUUUUAAACAUACAUGGUAAAGACAUUCAUGCACAUGCUCCUUGUGUUGGACUAUGGGUUAAAUGUUUUCCCAAGUUUUCUUUAUGUGAGAACUUUUUUUCAUUGGUUGAUACGUGUGAGAAUCAGUAACUUUCCUAAUUUGCUUCAAUCUUCAGGUUGUUUGUUCAGAGCUCUGCGCUGGGCCUCAGACUGCCUCAAUAAUUUUUAUCCUAUCUGGCAAUUUACUUUGCUCUCACCUUUAGUAAAUGAAAAUCAUUGUGAUUCUGCUCAUCUAGCUCUUCUCCCAUCCACAUGAUACUCUACUGUGCCUCCAGUUCUUACCACAUUUGGGACAUUGCACGUCUUGUUUUAUCAAUGAUCCUUCCCAAGGCACAGUUAUCACUCUCACUUGGAACACUUACUGACCAUGUUUCUUCCCAUAUGUCAACUGUAUGCUUUUCCUUGAGAGAGAAUAGAAGUCUCUGGAAGAAAACGGUGGCAGUUGUGGUCCCUCAGGACAUAACUGGUGGCUGCAGAAGGGAAUCAAUGUAAGGGCAGGAUUACAAGCUGACAAGAGUGUCUGUGAAAUUUCACUCUUGAUUUAAUUAGGUUCUAAAUCUGUUUAGCAGCCACUGUAGGCCCUUCCUUAAUGGGCAUGGAUGCACAUUACCUUGCUUUUGUCAUGGUAUACUUAGGAACCCUAUUAGCUCCCUUGAGGAAACAUCUUUCUCACUUGAACAGUAGCUGAAGUAACAGAUUCCUGAGGCUUCAAAAUCACACUGGAGCAAGGGGCAAAGAGCAUAAUAGUUGGGUCUCCUGACUGAAAACAAAGCCAACCCUCUAACUGGUUAGGAUGAUCUCUUAAGAACUGCAUUCCAGAGACUCUGAGUGGGUAAAACAAGAGCAUAAUGUUUCCUGCACUACAUUAUGAAUCACUUGCAUUCCAAAUUGCAUCUGAAAUUUGGGGUAUUCAGGAAAUUUUUUAUUUGAGCUGUAUGCCCCAGGGGUAGAGUAAACGAGAAACAUUUGUGGCUAUGUGGCUUGUUUGGUGGAAAACGUCAAUACUUGCUCCAAUUUUUUUGGAAAAGGGAUUAAGAAUUUCAGAUCUGUUUUGGCAGAUGAUUGGAACUCCUUUGUGGAGACUCGAUUAUAUUUGUAGUUCUGAGAUUUAUUUGAUAUUUGUGAAUUUGCUUUGGAAAUGAUGAUUAGGAAUAUGAAUUGCUAGAGAAGGAUCUAGCAAGCUAAUAGCCUUUCCCACAUGUACCCUUUUCAGAAAGUCAGUUAAGUGUGUAGACUUUGGAAACAUUUCCAACUUAGACUAGAAGUUCUAAAAUGAAAGAUAGUCUGUUAGUGAUGCAGGAGCACUCCUAAGCAUCUGAAUUGUGGUGACACUUCUCAGAGUUGACUUGUGACACUAAAUGAAAACAUGUGUACAGUAUUUGAAUAGAAAAUGACAAGGCAGUGUUUUCUAGGCUUUGUGUUCUUUUCCUUUUAUAAAUAAACAAUUAUUUAGUUAAAACAACUCAAUUGAAAUAGUAAGUUAUCCAAUUUGGAAAAGACACUGAAUUCUUUGGAAUGUCUGAGGUAGCAUUACAUCUCAUGUACUUCUAUGUAUGUGUAGACUUAUCUUCCACAGCUCUGUUUGCUGCAUGCUGUUAUCUAAGAGUGACUUGGUAUUUAUAGAGCCUUGGCACAUGAAGGAAGCCUUUGGGUUCUCAUCUGUAUCAUGAGGAAGGCAGAAAGCUGGGCUAUGGAGCUGGCCUGAAUGGUAAAGAGUUAGACACUGAGCUCAAAUAGCAGCACAAGUUCACUGUACUGCUGACCUCAGUUCAGAGUCCUGCUCCAUUGUGGCAUGCACUAUCAGUUCUCCCUUCUGAGCUGUGUACAGUUGCAGAGUCAGCCUCUUAGGUUGCUUUAGGUUGCUGGGACUUAGUAUCAGUUUUAUUAGUAAUUAACCACAUGCAAAUCACUCGUCUUAAAAAUAGUAGUUAACAUUUGUACCCUAUACAGAUCCCUCUCACACACACACAAAAAUAAAGAUUCUUUUUGAGAAAAUGUCCCUAUAAACGUAGACAUUUCUGGUAUUUGGCAUAAGCUUAACUCAAGGAUUGAGAAAGAAAAAUUGGAAAACUUGUCCUUUAUACAUCAUUUACAGACCUUAAAUUUUUCAUCCCCACAGAACAAGAGGUAUUAAUAGAAGUUAGUGAUGAAGAGAAGCCUCCCCUAAGACACUGAAAUAGCUUUCUCUACAAAGAGCAUGGCCUGUCACAUCAUUGAUAGCAAAUGGAACAAAAUUUGGCCUUAGGCAACAUGAAGCUCCUCUUACAGGAGCAUGUAUGGUGAAGACAGAUAUCUUAUGUCAAUAAAAAGAAUGUUAAGCACAGGAUUUUAUAGACUCUGCAAAUAGUCAUUCAAAGUCAUGAAUAAAACAUUAUUGGUGGAGCUCUUUUCUUUUGUAGGGGCAAGUUUUGAUGAGAAGACCUUUUGUGUCCCUGACUCCAGAAGCCAUUGCAAUAGUUAACUCUACCUCCACUGAAGGGCAGCUGCAUGUAUGUCUCUCACAGCAGUAAGAACAUGUUACUAAUGGUGUGUCACAAAUUCAGAGAUUCUAGGAGAUAUUUUUAAGAGUAUGGAUUUUUAAUUGUUUCUGAGUGGCUUUGGUUUAUGGUGCUCAUCGGUAUGCAUCUGUAACUCUGUUGGUUACCUGUUUGUAACAAGCUUGCUCUAAAUUUAACCACAUGAAGCAGUAAGCAUGUAUCUCUUUACAUUUUUUCUGAGGGUCAAAUUGAUGAGCAGCUUAGUUGAGGGGGGAGGCAGGUCUGGGACCCUUGGACUGUGAUGAGUUUGCAGUCAAACAGGCAGCCAGAGAUGUCUUUCUUAUUUGAAGUCACUGAAGAUUUGUGUAGGUCCAGCCUCACUCAGAUGGCUGUUGGUAGGAUGAACAUUUACUUUAUGGAAGGGUGGGGGUAAGAUUAAUGAUAAAAGAAAAUGCAUGACUGAAUUGGAAAAAAAUAGAAUAUAGAACCAUUUGGAUAAUGUCAAGAAAAAUGGUUGAAAGUAAUAGAAAGAACAGCAGUUUUCUUGUUUGAAGGGGUUGCUCUAGAUUCCUGGACCUGCUCUGUGGUGGCUGAGAAGCCUCCUCAUUCAACCACAUAGUAGUAUUGAGCGCAUACACUCUGCUGGGCCCUGUCCUGAGCAUUGGAGGUACUACAAUGAUCUGGGUCCUGCAUUCUUUGCAGAAAUGAAAAACUUUAAAGCUUUGCUCCUUUUCAUGUACAUCAGUUGUCAUUCAUAUCUGUUUGGACUCUUGUGCAGUUUAAAUACAUAUAGUAGCAUCUGAGGACAGUAGAGGCUUGUUAAGAUUGCAGAUGCUAGGCAGCCAGGGUACAUUAUAACCCCCAUGGAAUGAACUGGUAGGUUGGAUAACACCUACUAGGAAAGGUAGGAGACAGCUGAGGAUCUCUAGCUGAUAGCAGAGGAAACUAGAAACAGAACAGGAGAAAAACAACUCAGGGUCCACCCUACAGGGAUUGGUGGAUCUGGGGAGUCCCAUGUUUUAGUGAGAGGGAAAGACCACAGCUAUGCUUGAGAUACAUAAGUUCAGAAAUUCAGAAAGUGUACUCUAAGAAAGAGAUAUUUAAAAAAAUUAGGGAAGAAGACAGAAGAAAUUUGCUGGACAGUGACAGGGAAAGGCACGAAAAUAUGACCUUCUUAGUAUUCAACCCAAACUGAAACACCAUUAAAAAAUAGCCAGCUGAGUAAGUAGGUGACCUGGUGGCACUAGAACCACUAUGAUUGACACUGGUCAGAACAAGUGCCAAGAAACUGUAACUAUAUACCAAAACACAGCCAGCAGAAUAAUGAGUACUGCUAGUCUGUGUGGAAGACAUUGAGUCUGAUCUAAGUUAGACCCAGUAAGAGAUAAACUGCGAGGAAGAAGAUGUACCCAAACUUCACGACCUGCUUUGGGGAGAGCUGUCCAGGGCCAGGGCCACCAUUUAUGACUGACUGGGCUUGUGAAGAACUUACCUGAGGUUUAACAAGCAGCUAGGACAUAACCCAUGCAUGACUGCCAGCUCAUGCAUGCAUCAUUUGUGGCCUUAACUUGCCAUGGACCACCCAGAGUGCAGAACAACACUAAUUCAUAUUCAGAUAACUGAGACUGACUACAGGAAUGGGGGCAUCUGUGAACUGAUUUGUGAAGAACAGGAUUUAUGAAGAACAGGGUUUGUGAAGACAGGACCAGAAUCUGUGACCCAACCUAUGUUUCAAAGGACAGCUUAAGGGUCUGACAGCCAUGUAGGAGCUUAGGAAAGAAUAACAAGAGAGUAGGUAUUGGAACCAGCAAGAAGAUAUUACAUGUCCUAUUCUCAGGAGCAUAAUAGAGAUCCAAUCUGGUGGUACCUAACAUGAUUCUAUAACAGAGGAAAAAAUAACCUUACAACCCUAGUGCAACCUGGUCAUUUUUGAAUAUUGCAGUUAUUUCUACUAAAAGAAAAAGUGUGAUUAAAAACAUCCAGCGUAGCUGCACAACUCUCAGUGCUAAACAAAGGAAGCAUGAAAAAUCAAGGAAGCAUGACUUUCUCCAAAUCUCUAAUUUCAUAGUAAUGAUGUUCAGUGCAUAUGAAUUAGAUACUGUCCUAACAAAAUAUUCACAGGAACAAUCAUAAAUAUAUUCAAAGAAAUCAAAAGAAAAACUCCUAAGGGCUUCUAAUGAUGUAUUUUAGUCUCUGAAAGACAACAGUCAAUACAGAGUGCUAUACCCAGCAAGACUAUCUCAUACUUGAAAGAAAAUGAAAAACAAGCUAAAGGAAUUCAUGACACUUUAGCCAACUCUCCAGAAAAUGCUUGGAGGAGUCCAUCUGACUGAAGAGAAACAACAAUGUCCACAAAGAUGUAGGGAAGAAUAAAUGCUAUGAGAACAAUAAGGAAACUGCAAUAGGAAAGCACCAAACACUGAAGAAAAUCAACAAUGAGCAAGACUUAAAACACAGCUUGCAAUAAAAACUCUGAAUUUAAGAUCCUUAAUUCUGCAGUAAAAGACAGAAAUUACGAGAUUCAAAUGAAAAACAGGACCCAUCAAAGACAGCUUGAGAUCAGAGAUGUGUUAAAGGAGCUUCUAUUUAGGUGUGGGCUUGGAUGUAGAGGUUUGUGACAUCAGGAAGGUGUGGCCUGCAGGGAAAGCUCACUGUAAGAUUUGAGCAUGGACUUUGCUUUCACUGGGAGCUUUGUGGUUGAUGUUCACAAGAUCUAGGAAGGGGUUAUGUCUGUCAUUUGGUUGAUUUAUGCCACAACCCUGUGCGCUGCCUCAUGUUUAAUUAAUAGGGCAUUUGUCUGACUGGCAUGCCUAUAAUUUCUUCACGUAGCUUUAGGUAAUCACAUUAUUUAGCAUCCUGGAAUGCACAAAGGUGAUUGUAUUCUGGCUUCUUUCCCUGUGGUUCACUAAGGUCCUUGAGAUGGGACUUCAUGCAUCUCUCUACUGUAUCAUUUUUCCAUUUGGAGGCAAGAACAAAACAUCGGGUGGUCAAUUUUGCUGAAGGUUAUUCAAGGUCUUCCCCAGCUAUGCUUUGAGAGCUUUCUUCAACUCCAUUGCAUUCUUAUUUUUAUAUUUUGGAAUAUACUUCAAAUUUAUAGAAUUUACUUUAAAAAACCAGUAUAAAUAGGUAUGUGCUUGAUAAUACACAGAAUAUACAUGGAAAGACUAAUGCCGUGCAUACAAUGUUGACACAGAAUCAUAUUUUGAAACAUUUUGUACCUUGUUAAAGAAUAAAAUUUGUGCUUUUAAAAAUUGAUUUAGUUUAACAUCACUAAAUGUGUCCUCAUGAUAAUGUUUUAUUUCCAGAAAGUCAUUUGGUAACCAAAGCAGACAAGCACAAAGACGUGAUUGUCCAUAAAUUCUGGUACUUCAAGUUAUUGUCAAAUUGCAUCACAUUAUCAGACAUUGCAUCAGGGCAUCCAAAGAUCUAAUAUAUUUCUCUACUGUUAUUGUUUAAACAAAUGAGCAAAAGUCCUGUAGUAGACAAACCUAAAGCUACACUACAUGAUGCUCACACGGCACAGCAGAGUUAGAGCAUUGCUGCCCCGCUAAUCUGCAGAUUUCUCUUUGUGGGAUACUGAAAGGCGUCCAUUUUUCCAUCUAUAUGACUUACAGAAAAACCAUCGCUGAGAAGCUGUUUGAGAUCGAUGAUACCUAUUUGAGAAUUUGCUCAUUAAGAUUACAUUGCUAUGGAAAAAUAUUAAGUUGUCUGUUUUAAUGUUUGAAAGCUCACUGCAGUUUAAACACAGCUCUAAAAAUACAUAUCUCUAUUUUGUGGAUGUUAAGAAAUGGGGUACAAAUAACGCUUAUAUAUCUUGACUUCAUGAUGUCACACAUCACAUUACAUUGCAAACAUUAACUGUUCUCCUUUCUUUUCUCAGUUUAGAGAAUGGUACCCUCUGCCUUUUGAAGCAGAGUUCUGCAGGUGCAAGUGAAGCUUGUUGAUGCCCUUGUCUCCUGCCGUGUUUGCCAACCCUUCCUCUGCUGUGUCCACAUCCUUUGCUCCGGUUACGUCUUCCUCCAUCUGUAGUUGGUGGUGCAAGCAAGAGAUAGACAAUAGCUUUAUUUUACUUGUUUUGAUAUUCCUCUAGGCAGAACCGUGGUUUGUUUCCUUGCUUUUGCCUCUCGAUAAUCUCAUCUAGUGUGUCUCAGAGAGGGAGGUCUGUAUUUUCUUAGGGAGCUGCAACUGAUGAAUCUUUGUUCACAGGCUUGAUUUUUAAGAUUGCAUCUGUUCUCCAGGAUAGGGUGAACUGUUCCCUGCUGUGUGUUCAGUCACAGACCAUGAUACUAAAGGAGGCAGAUUCCUUUGCAGUUGAACAACACGAAGUUGGUUGCCCUGCCUUUUUCAUUAAUCCAAACUCAACCUGUCUUUUUCUUGCCUUACAUCAUUUCUGGGAUUGCUAAGAUGUUAUCUUUUUGAUCUGAAAGCUUUGCAAACUAUUAAUCCAUCUGUUAUUGUGUCAGUCAUUUUCACUGCACUGCAACAGACAGCUCAAAUUUGUUUGUUUUUGCAGCAAGGUCCCAUGUUUAGCCCAGGCUGGCCUCUCACAGAUGGUGUUCCCUCCCUUUCAGUGUCACACUUGUAGCUCAGGCUAGCCUCUAACAGGAGGUGCUCCCUCCCCUUCAGUGUCUCAGGUGUGUAGCCCAGGCUGGCCUCUAACAGAAGGUUCUCCUUCGCUGUCAUCAGUACAUCAGCCCCCAUGCCCCCAAGUACUGGGACUAGAGGUGUACAUCACCAGCACUGCUUGUUUUGUCUGUAGUUUUUCACAUAAGUGCUGUGUUGCAGCUGAGACUGGUCUUGAAUUCCUGAAUUUUUCCUACUGCCCCGUGAGGGCUGGGAUUACAGUAUCACCAUCAUGUCUGGCAAAAGCUCUAAUAGUUUAUAGUAAUGAAGUCUUAUUCUUGUUUGUAAGGCUGCCAGGUUGGAUGCUUCACCCACAUGGUAUCCCAAGGAAGAAAGGUUUGCAGCUGUGUGUUUUAUUGGCAGGAAGAGCAGUACUGGGGACUUUGAAAGCUUUUGCUUGGAUAGCUUUGGCUUUGAGAGCUUUUCCUGGUGUUAGCAUUGGAAUCCCAUGGUAGGAGCAUACCAUCUGCUCAGACAUGCUUAGAGAGCAGGGACUCCAUCCGAGGGAGUCUGGAGUCAUGUGUCAGUUUGCUGGCCUGCAUGGCAAGAAGGGAAUAGGUUGAAAUGCUUCAUCCAUAAAAGUUAUGUCUCAUUUUUAACAUAUUUUGUUUGUUAGAUUAAUGUUAUAGAUAUAUGUCAUUAAUUUCACUCUCGAAAUGUUUUCCUGAUGUUUCUCAUCUUGUAGAAAUCAUGUUUAUAUGCUGCUUGAGACUUAUUCAGGGGGUUAGUAAAGAAGGUCUAGUGUGAUGAUAGUACCUAUUAAAUAUCUUAUUUCCUUUUUUAAUUUUCAUCUUUUAUGUAAAGUACUAUUAAGUAGAGUAGCAGUUCAGAAGUUACCCAAUUCUAGUGUAAAUUACUAAUUUGUAACUCCAAGGCUUGCUUCGGGGCUGAGUUUUCUUGCAUUUGGAGUACCUGCUGGUCAUGUCAGCUGGAUGAUGUGGAUUCUCACAGCUUACUGCCUUUUCAAUAGAAUAAUUGUGCCUUUGCCAAGUGUAUGCUCUUGUGGUUUCCCUUAUAUCGUUCACAUGUGGACAGCAGACGGCCAACAAGUAAACAAGAACCAGGUUACGUCACAAACAGAUGCUGCUCAAGUACCAAAGCAGUGUGCCCUCCUCUGCAGUCAUGGUUUUUGUACACAGUGGGGAUUAAUUUUUGUGUGUGUGUAAAAGAAGAUAGAGUUACUUUUGCUGUUUUCAAAGAGCAGAAGUGAAUGUCCCAUACAUGAGUUCAUGAAAUCUAUGCCUAUGAGGCCUGGUACUUUAAUAGGGAUGACAGACAAAUUGUCUGGGAAAGUUGAGGUUUGUAAGUAAUGUUGAUGUUGAAAGGAGGUAGGGAAAUUGAAAGGAUUCUUUUUUAAAAGAUUGUCUAUCUAUCUAUCUAUCUAUCUAUCUAUCUAUCUAUCUAUCUAUCUAUCUAUCUAUCUUUUGAUGUGUGUAUGUGUGUUUGUUUGUGUGUGCACGCAUGCUGCAUUUAUAUGUGGACACUUGAGGUGGCCAGAACAGAGAGCUGGAUUCUGUGGAGCUAGAGUUACAGAAAGUUAUCACCUGCCUGAUGUGGGUGCUGGAAACAAAAUUUGGGCAAUCUGAAGGAGCAGCUGCUGCCUAAUCACUGAACCUAUUCCCAGCCCCACAAGUUGGAUUUAUCUCUCAAACUUCUAGGAAAGAGUCCAUUCAAUAAGUAAUAGAAUCAGAAAAAAUUCAUCAGGAAGGCAUCUUGAGUUAAUUUAGUCCUAAUCACUGUCAUAGUAUAGUAGUCACUGUUAAAAAACUCUUAUCAAAUUAUUGCUUAAAUCACUCUGUAUAGUUUUUAAAAAGAGGACCCUUAAUCUUACAAGGUUGCAUUUUCUAGUUUCUUAUUGUAUACUACUCCAAUAGUUUUGUUGAUUUAUAUCAACCUUUUUUUAAUUGGAUUUUUAUUAACAUUUCAAAUGUUAUCCCCUUUCCCGAUCCCCUGUCCAUAACCCCCAACCCAUCCCUCUUCCCCCUUCUUCUAUGAGGGUGUUUCCCCACCCAUCCACCCACCUCUUUCCACCUCCACACCCUAACAUUCCCCUACACUGGGGUGGUGGUGUCCAGCCUUGGCAAAACCAAGGGCUUCUUCUCCCAUUGGUGCUCAACAAGGCCAUCCUGUGCUACAUAUGCAGCUGGAGCCAUGGGUCUGUCCAUGUGUACUCUUUGGAUGGUAGUUUCGUCUCUGAGAGCUCUGGUUGAUUGGUGUUGUUCUGAUGGGGUUGCAAACCCCUUCAGCUCCUUUAAUCCUUUCCCUAACUCCUCCAAUGUGGACAAUAUCAACCUUUCUUAAGUGGGACAAGAUCUGUGAGACAAUGUUAUAUGAACACUCUUCCUUUUGUUUCAUUGACUGGACCCUGUGUCACUUGUGACUGACUCUACCCUAACAAAGGAGGAGGUAAGCCCAAAUCACUGUUUUGCAGCUGAACUAGAGGUCUUGGAUGACAAGGAGGCUUGCCUAACUGACACUGUAGCAAGUGACAGGAAUAGCAAGGCAACGGAAGUUCUCCUAACUGCCUUCAGCCUCCCUAAGUAAGUUUCUUCCCAUGUAGCUCUCCUGAGUGCUUACUAUAGAGUAGGUUAAGGACAGACACUAGGAACUGAAAAAUGAAUAUCUCCUGAGCAUGAGGCCAAGGUUGUGUAGUAAUAGGAAGGUUUAACCCUGCAGGUCAUUGUCUACAAGAGUCCUUCCCCACACCCCUUUCCACCCCCACCGUCUCUGCCUCCACCUUUUGGUGAUACUUAGGGAUUCAGCAGAUUUAUUAAAGAAUAGUAAUGCUAGCUUUAAAAAUUGCUGGGUACAGGAGCAAAAGUUCACAUGCAGAUUUAGAUGCAUAGAGACCAUGCUGACUCAAAACAACAAAAAGGAAAAAAAAGAAAACUACAGUUGCUUUUUAUUUGUAAACUUGUUAAGAACAGAGCAAGUGAGCCGCAGCUCAUUUUUGUAGUUCCUUCUAUUUCCUGAGUGGCGUUAUUACUUUUGUUGUCUUAAUAGCUCAAAACAAAGAUGUAAAUGGUAGAGUACCUGACCAACUGUGUGGUAGUGAAAUACACCUUUCAGUCUCAGUGUUUCAACCUUUGAUCCCAGCUGGAAUCAGGACCAAUCUGGGCAUUUGUGGAGAUAGUGGACCAAUGGGGACCUUCCUUGAGGUAUUUUAGCCUGACUCCACUUCCUGUAUUCUCUGUCUCUUGAUAGCAGGAUUUAGUUCUUUUUUUUUCCCCCAGAAGUGUACUGAAGAAAAGAAGCAUCCUUCAUUUGUAAGAACAUCUGAGGACCAGGAAAAUAAAUGGGUUCAGAUUAUGAGAGUUCAUUUGGUAAACCCUAGGACAUUUGAUGAUAUAACUAGUUCUGAAUGUUGAGUACUUCUAGUUUUUUUUCAAAAUGACACAAACUAGAUUUAUCUGAGAAGAGGGAACUUGUAUUGAAAAAUCAUUCCUAUUAUAUUGGUCUGUAGGCAUGGCUCUACGGUGUGUUUCCUCAUUAAUUAUUGAUGUGGAAUGGCCGAGCCCACAGUGGGCAGUUUUAUCCCCAGGCAGAAUGUCCCAGGUUGUAUCGGAAAGAGGCUGAACAAACCAUGUGAAGCAAGCCAAUAAGCUGCAUUUCUCCAUGGCUUCUGCUUCAGUUCCUCUCUUCGGAUUUUGCCUUGAGUUCCACGAUGUCACCUAUAAGCAAAAAAAAUCCAGUUCUCCUAUAAAUUGGUUUUGUUCAGUAUUUAUCAUCAUAAGGGAGAUGCAAACGAGCAUAGUUAAUUCUUAUUUGGACCAGAUCAAUCACCAGGUGAAGCAUAGGGCCAAGAAAUAACCUUGAUAGGAAACUCUAGGCUGAGUAUGCUUGGAGAGCAUCCUCUGUGUGUAGUUGGGUAGACCUAGAACUCUCCCAGUGUUAACACGGAAAAGUUCCUGUUCAGAGAGAGUUCGGAGAGAUUUCUCAGUUGACCAUAGACCUUGUGAUUGCUCACCUCAGGUCUUUGUCAACAAGAAAUCAGUCUCAGAGCCUAAGACAUGACAACAUAUUAGUAUGCUAACUGGUGAGGAGAAAGAGGUCUGGUUGGGGUAGGGGGAAUGGAAACAUUUGAUUUUUGCCUGAGAGCAAUGUAUCCAAGCAAAACUUAAUACAAGAAUGUCCAGAGCAACCUUGAUUAAUUGAAAUUUUUCUGAAAAUAAAAUGAAGAUUUUCACCAGUGGCUUUCAAAUGUAUGUUAAAUAACAUUAAAGGCAGGGAAAUGGCUCUGCGGUUUAGAGUAUGUACAGCUCUUGCAGAGGAACAGGGCUUUGAUUUGGUUUCUUAUGCUUUACUACAAAAGCGAUACAGAUUUAAUGUUAUGACUAUUUUUAAAAAUAUAUAUACCAAUAGAACGAAAUUACAAAACACUUGGAUUGUCUGCCAUUAGAUACCAGGCCAUGUUUAUAUAUAAUUUCUUACUAUGCUGAAUAUUUUUAGUUACACUUACUGUUAUGAUGAAUAUCAUGUCAGAAAUCAACUCCAUAUUGCUGGUCAUCAUCAAAGAAAGACAGGACAGAAACUCAAAUAGGGCAGGAACCUGGAGGCAGGAGCUGAUGCAGAGGCCGUGGAAGAGUGCUGCUUUCUGUCUGUGGAUUGCUCAGACUGCUUUCUUAUAGAAUCCAGAACCACCUGCCCAGGCAUGGCAUCCCCCACAAUCUGUGCUUUUUACGCCCUUUCCAGUACAGUGCAAGGGAUGAUAAGCCAGUUAGUGAAUCUACGGGUUAGGAAAACAGCCACAGGGCUCUAGAAAUUAGUAAGGUGGCAGGUUCAGACAGAGUUUUGAAAAGGGGAAAAUAACUUGAAGAAAGCUAUAGGAAUUAUGAUGACAUUAAAAAUCAGUGCAGUGUAGCUAUUUGGUUUGUUUGGUUUACAAGUUCAGUUCCUGAUUGAUUGACUUUUGUCUGUGAUCUGUGAUCAGGCACGAUGUGGUAAGGAACUUGUGGUAGAAGCAAAAGAAGGCACUGGAAGGGUCUAGAGUCCAGGUGAACCCUUUGAGGACAUACUUAUAAUAACUUUGUAUGACUAGCCUUCAUCUCCCAAAGGAUCCACUCUCUCUCAAUAGGAUAACAUACUGGAGACUAGCCCUUCAACUCAUGGGCCGUGGGGAGAUAUUCAUUGUCCUUAUUGUAUCAAUUGGCAAGGAAGAGAGUUGAGUGUGAUCUUAAAGCCAUGGUCACAAGUGAGUUGAGUCUCGGAAACUUUAUGAAUUAUACUCAGAAGGAUUUUUUUCCUUACUUCUUCAACAGUUGCUUCUUAGUCCCAUAGCUUUACUUCUCGCUGUAUAAUAUGGCCAAGCACUUCAGAUUGUGAAAUGCUGACAUUGCUUUUAUUAAAAAUCUAGUAUAUCUUAAACCCUGCGUUCAUUACAGAGCCUCCCAAUAAACAUGCAUCCCUCAAAGUUAUAGUUUAAUAUAGUGUUAUCAUGUUUUAAAAUUGAAGAUUAUCUACUGCUAUGCAAACCAUCACAAAAUGACUGAUGUUCCAGAAAGCGGUUUCAAUUAGUUUUCGUGGAUGUUGAUCAGAUAAGCACUAAGAUUUAUGGUUGUGUCUGAGACUUCUAUCAGGGGAGUCCUCAAGUGUUUAGAGAAACUAGCCAUGAGGAGGGCUGGUCCUGAUUUAGUCUCUUCUACUGCCUGGGCCCCUUCUUUUAUUCUUCUUACAUCAAGAGUAGUAUAGUAGCUUAUACAGAUCGCUUCAGUUUUCCUAGUUAGGAGUGACUCUGUUUCUGGAGGUGUAGAUGUUCUGAAACAUGGUCUCAUCAAUGUGACUAAACACAGAUUGAACCAUUGAAUUUUAUCUUUCUCAAUGUUGGUGAAUAAUGAUCAUCAUUUCUGAUAUUCUCUAGGAACUGUAAAAUAUAUAUUUGCUUUUGUUAAUUUUAACAUACAUUUAAGAACAAAAGCAAUUGUACUUCUAUAAGCACUUGGGAAGUGUGGACAGGAGAAUUGACCCAAGCUCAAGCCUAUCCUUGAAUGUAUAGCUUGUCUGUGUAACAUUAGGUGGUCUAAGACUACGGUGAGACCUUUCUCAAACGAUGUGCUUAUUCUUGUCAAUAAGACAGGAUACUCAACAGCGUAGAAACACACCUUUGCACAUGUGAGAGCACUUCCAGAGCGCUUUGACUGAGUCCCAUGGGAAACCCACUCUGAAUGUGCGCAGGCACCGUCUCACAGUCUGGGUCCCAGACUUAAAAACAAGAAAUGGAGCUGAGCACAGUGUUUUUUCUGUCUCUGUCUCUCUGUCUCUGUCUGUCUCUGUCUGUCUCUGUCUCUGUCUCUCUCUCUUUCAAUCUCUCUGUCUCUCUGUCUCUCUCUCUCUCUCUCUCUCUCUCUCUCUCUCUCUCGACUCUUCUUCUAGCAAUGACUUCGGAGAUCCUGAUGGAUCAGACUCAGACUGCCAGAAUAGCCUUCCCUCAAGUUGCUUUGUUAUGUAUUUUGUAACAGCAGUGGGUUGCUGAGGUAGUUGGCGAACUCAAGUGAACCGAUAGAGAGUAGCUCCUUUGUAUUCCUGACAGUGCUGUGUGUGAACUUUUCAAUAGUGCCGGGGUUUCUGCCUGUGUAUACUUACUGCUCAGUGCGUCGGAACAGCUGUUGUACACCCUCUCUCCUCCUUCCCUCCUUCUUCGCUUCUUUCUCGCUGUGCAUUUCAGCUCCAGUGUAUAACACAUGGUCAAAACUAAUGAGGCCUUCAAUCUGGGCUGUGUGUUUUCAUUGAAUUCUACUCUUCAGUGGUACUUAUUUUCCUUGCUCUUUCUUUCUUUUGUCCAGGAAGAAGUUUAGAUAAAUUUAUUUUGUGAAUUGCAUUUAUCUUCAGUAACCAAACUAGGAACUCUCUCAGGGAAGCUCCUCAGAUAUGCAAGAAAACCCACGCUGAACAAGUCUCUGCACAGUCAGCCUAGCAGCCUCAGGAUUGGCUUCCUGGAAGAUUUGAACAAGGAAGGAGAAAAUAUUUUCUACUUGGCAGUCGAUGAUAUAGAAACAGAUACAGAGCUUUUGAUUGGCUACCUGGACAGUGAUGUGGAGGCAGAGGAGGAGGAGCAGCAAGCUCUGACCAUGGCCAGAGAAGGCAAAGUUGACCACUCUAAGGGACAGUUGGCAGCUGGAAGUAAAGGUCACCUUGGCUGUGAAGAGGACUUUGCCUGCCCACAGUGUGAAUCGAGCUUUCCCAGUGAGGAAGUUCUUACUGAGCACCUUCAGAGCUUGCACCAGAAGCCCACAGGGGAGAAAGAGUUCAAAUGCGAGAACUGCGGGAAGAAGUUCCCUGUGAGGCAGGCCUUGCAGAGACAUUUUGAGCAGCACCAGAAGGCUUGCCGAGGGGAUGCCAGGUUUGUGUGCAAGGUCGACAGCUGUGGGAAGAGGCUGAAAAGCAAGGAUGCCCUGAAAAGGCACCGGGAAAAUGUCCACACUGGUGAUCCUAAGAGAAAGCUCAUAUGCUCGGUGUGCAAUAGAAGGUGCACCUCAUUGUCGAGCCUGCAGGAGCACAGGAAGAUUCAUGAGAUAUUUGAUUGCCAAGAAUGUAUGAAAAAGUUUAUUUCUGCUAAUCAGCUGAAACGUCACAUGAUUACCCAUUCGGAAAAGCGGCCUUAUAACUGUGAGAUCUGUAACAAGUCAUUCAAGAGGCUGGAUCAAGUGGGUGCCCACAAAGUAAUCCACAGUGAGGACAAACCCUAUCAGUGCAAGCUCUGUGGAAAGGGAUUCGCUCACAGAAACGUUUACAAGAACCACAAGAAGACUCACUCGGAGGAGAGGCCCUUCCAGUGUGACGAAUGUAAAGCCUUGUUCCGCACCCCCUUUUCUCUGCAAAGACACCUGUUAAUCCACAACAGUGAGAGGACUUUCAAGUGUCAUCACUGCGACGCCACGUUUAAGAGGAAAGACACGUUAAAUGUGCAUGUCCAAGUGGUCCAUGAAAGACACAAGAAGUACCGAUGUGAGCUGUGCAGUAAGGCCUUUGUUACACCCUCAGUGCUUAGGAGUCACAAGAAGACACACACAGGAGAAAAGGAGAAAGUCUGCCCAUAUUGUGGCCAGAAAUUCGCCAGCAGUGGGACCCUGAGAGUUCACAUCCGGAGCCACACAGGUGAGCGUCCCUAUCAAUGCCCAUACUGUGAAAAAGGAUUCAGUAAAAAUGACGGACUGAAGAUGCACAUUCGUACUCACACCAGGGAGAAGCCCUACCAGUGCUCAGAGUGCAGCAAGGCCUUCAGCCAGAAGCGGGGCCUCGAUGAGCACAAGAGGACGCACACAGGAGAAAAGCCUUUUCAGUGUGACGUAUGUGACUUGGCUUUUAGCCUGAAGAAAAUGCUCAUCCGACACAAGAUGACUCACAAUCCCAACCGCCCAAUGGCAGAGUGCCAUUUCUGCCAUAAGAAGUUUACAAGGAAUGACUACCUCAAAGUGCACAUGGACAAUAUCCAUGGUGUAGCUGACAGCUAAGAGUAGCUGUCAAGGAACCAAACCAUGUGAAAGAGCUUCUAAUCUGAAUCCCAGAUACUUCUCACCUGAUUGGCUUAUCAGAAAUAGGCAAAAACAAUGCACUGGUCUCACAGUGCUUAUCUGCCUAUCUUUGGAAUCUGUAGAUGCAAAGAAAAAAAUCUUCCCUUUGCCAAAAAGAAAUUCAAAUAGAAAAAAAAAUAUACUUUGUAGUUUACAGAAUGUUCUGGUUGAUUAAAAACUAAAUACAGA